UAACUUGUUUCUUGCUGCUGUUUUUUAAUAACAACCUAAAACAAGAAAACAUAUUGGAGCCAGCGAUUUGGAAUAGGACCAGGGGUUGUAAAUGAGAGCUGACACUGUUUCCAGUGUUCCUGAGGUAGACACUUCUCUGAUUCUCCUUUCCUCGCAGGAAACAGCCAAAGGAACCGGAGGCGGUUGAGGACGAAAUUCUGCAAACCCUGCCCUGCACCUGGGCUGUCCCGGCAUCACUGAGAAGGAGGGGGAAGGUGGGACUUCACUCCUCCAGCGACCUCUGCAUCUGUUGACAGUCCUGCGUUAGUGGCAGCUGAAGAGCCGCUCUGUCCUGGAUUUCUCUGCUCAUCGUCUGGCUCGGAGGCUCCAUCUCUCAAAAAUCUGUGAAGUCUGAACAAGCAGCCUUCCCAAGAUGUACCGCCUCUCUCAGCUGAUGUCAACACCGGUGGCAAGUCAAUGUUCCUCCGGGUCUGAGAGAGGAUCUGCUGGAGAGCUGUCUCCCACGUGCAUUUUCCCAAGCUUUGCCUGUGAUUUCUUGGCUGGUGACAGUUCCUUUGACUGCUGCUCCCUAGAUCCCCUGACAGGCUCCUACUUCCCCUGUCGCCGAAGUCCCAGGCUCCUCACCAAUGGCUACUACAUUUGGACAGAGGACAGUUUCCUCUGCGACAGAGAUGGCAACAUCACGCUGAGCCCGUCCCAGACCAGUGUGAUGUACAAGGAGAACUCAGUUAGAGUAUUUAGAAAGAAAAAGAGAGCCCACCGCUCCUUCUCCUCUCUCCUCCGCCUCGGGGCCCCUAAAUCCUGGCUGCGGGGAAGCAUCUUCGGGGAUGCCAGCUCGUCCCCGGGCGAGGCCGUCUGGCUGGAGGGAGCCGGCAGGCUGGACGCGCACCCUUGCAGCGACGGUGGCGGUGACUUUGACUGUGCGCUGACAGAUGACUGGGCGUCGGAGCGGCCGGAUGCACAGUCCCUGGCAGCCUCCUCCUCCGGCCACGGCACGCCUGAGCCUCCCAGGAAAGACCCCCUCCGAGGGGCCCUGCAGCCCCGGGGGACGGCAGCUGAGCAUCUCCGAGGGGGCAUUUUGGACCAUUCAAAAACCAGUUUGUUGAGAGAGAUCUCCUUUCAAACCGUUCUGCUUGCUGCGUGCUUGGCCAUGUCUGCAUGUGCCAGAUGGCUCCUGGGAGGACUGCUAGCCGGCGUCUUCACGUGUUCCUUGACCGUCAUGAUUGCUUAUGUUGCCAAGUCCCUGCUAGCAGCUCAGCCUCGCCAGCUACUUCUGAGCCGGCCCCGGCGCUCGGUUUGCCAAAAUUUGACAACCAUUCAGGAGUGCCUGUGAUGAAUGUCUUCAAGCUGAAUAUCCGGAAAUGGUUCCAUUUGCAGUCUGCUUGGAAUCAACUGCUUUACUGGAAGGGAGUGAGCGACUGGAUACUCGAGAUACAUUGGGUUAUGUGUGUGUGUGUGUGUGUGUGUGUGUGUGUGUGUGUUUUUAAAAAAAGACCAGUUUAGGCCUCGUAAAAUUGUACCGUGUUUGUGAAAACAAUAUUAAUUCAUCUUUCCGCCGCACACACUGGCAGCGGAAAAGGGAAGCACGGGGAAUGUGGUAGAGGACAUGCCAGCCGGGUGAAUAUUGUCCGGUUAUUCCCUGAGGCCGUGGCGCUCACACUUUAAUUAGCAACAGGGGAUUCUACCAGGAGCUUGUAACAAUGCAGAUUCCUGGGCCUGACCACACCGGCCUGUCCUCUGCUCAGCUGCUUUUUAGUUGAAUAAUGAAAGCGAGUUUAUAGAACCAACACCAACAUGAAUUGACACCAAACUGUAAUUAAGUGCAGUUUAUACUUAAAAUCUCACAUGGAAAAUGUCACUAUUUUUCCAAAAGGAGUGGCUCGGCUUUGGGGGUGACUGUGGAUGAUGGUUGAUGGAAAAGGGACAGGACAGAGACAUUUUUUUUGAAAGGUAGACUCUUAAUUUAAUUUUUAUUUUUAAUGGAAUUUAUUGGGGUGACACAGGUUGAUAAAAUUGUGUAAGUAUUAGGGGUGCAAUUCUACAAUACAUCAUCUGUAUAUAACACUGUGUGUUCACCACCCCAAGGUCAAGUUGGAAGGUAUAUACUUAUUUUGAACUAUUUUCUUUCCCAAGGUUCACCCUUCUUGGGGUUCCUGAGAACCUUUCACUAAAAUUGCUCUUACAAUAAAAA